GGCCUGAGAACAGUGAAGCAUUUUAAUAAGACUAAAUCUACGGCAUAGACUUGUAUAAGCAAUUAAUAAUUAUUUCAAGAACUCAAUAUGUAGAAUCCCAGAUAAUUCUUCGUCAGACCAUUUUGAGUGACUUUCUGACUGAAGCGGGCCGCGGGCGACUCUAUUGGGCUGUUGGAGUCAAUCGGCCCUAUCUGCCACUCCCCAUUCAGCCCUUCACGGGAGCGCGCCGACUGGCUGUGUCACGCAAGCCUACUACCGACAGGCGAACCACAGGCACGGAAUUCCGAGGAGGAAGUUACUGGGAUUGGAAAAACAACCUCAAAACUAACUGCAUGAAUAAAGGUKUAGGGGCGCUCCUCUGUAGGAAUACAAAAGUGUUGGGUACUAUGGACUAGUGGUGGUCGCAAUCGAUGGAGGCGGCGAGAAGUUUUCUGUUUCUCCGGUUACUGCUGGUCGGACUUUCRGGCGCAUUGGGCAGAGAAGUGUGUCUGGGYACAGACAUGAAGCUGGCCCUGCCCUCCAGUCUGGAGAACCACUAUGAGACCCUGCGGCUGCUCUACACUGACUGCCAGGUGGUGCACGGCAACCUAGAGAUCACACAUCUUCGGGGCAAGCCGGACCUCUCCUUCCUACAGGGUAUCGUGGAGGUGCAGGGCUACGUCUUGAUUGCCCGUGUGUCUGUGAGUGUGGUGCCGCUGGACAACCUGCGCAUCAUCCGGGGAAGCCAGCUGUACAACUCCAGCUAUGCUCUGGCUGUCCUGGACAACACCCUCCCUCAAGAAGGGGUGGGUCUGAGGGUGCUCCGCCUCCGCAGUCUCACAGAGAUCCUGCUGGGUGGAGUGCAUAUUUGGGGAAACCCCCAGCUCUGUUUCCCAGACCCCCAGCACAUGGAGUGGAGGGACACACUGGAUGAAAAGAACACGCAUGCCAAGCAGCUCCGCCUGCAGGCCCAGGCCCCCAACUGUCCAAAGUGCUCCCCUGCCUGUGUAAAGCGAAGCUGCUGGGGAGAGACGGAGAAAGACUGCCAGACCCUGACCCAUGUGCACUGUGCAUCGGGGUGUCUGCGCUGUAAGGGACCCGAUCCCAAUGACUGCUGCCACAUGCAGUGUGCUGCCGGUUGCACUGGGCCCAAAGACUCAGACUGCCUGUCGUGCCGUCACUUCAACGACAGCGGGACGUGUAAAGACAACUGUCCGCCCCCCACCAUCUACGACCCGGUCACCUUCGUGUCCAAACCCAACCCCAACAGGAAGUUCAGCUUCGGGGCCACCUGCGUCAAGACAUGUCCCUAUAACUACCUAGCCAUGGAGGUGGCCUGUACCAUGGUKUGUCCUAAAGCUAACCAGGAAGUGAUUAUCACCCAGCCUGACGGCAAGGAGACACAGACACAGAAGUGUGAGAAGUGUGAAGGGGAAUGUCCAAAAGUGUGCUAUGGGCUGGGCAUGGGUGAUCUCCAGAGCUCCUCCUGGGUGAGCUCCUCCAACGUGGCCCAGUUCACUGGCUGCAAUAAGAUCUAUGGCAGUCUGGCUUUCCUUCCACAGAGCUUCACAGGGGACCCAUUGGCUAACAUGACAGGUCUGACCCUUAGUGAGCUGGAUGCAUUUAAGAAUUUGGUGGAGAUCACAGGAUAUCUGUACAUUGAUGCGUGGCCAGCCAACUGGACUAACCUGAGUGUGUUUGAGAACCUGAAAGUGAUCCGAGGAAGGAUGCUCUAUAAAGGAGUGUUCUCUCUGGGGGUCCAGUCAAUACAGAUCCGUUCUCUGGGUCUGCGUUCACUCAGGAGCAUCAGCGGGGGUCUGGUCCUGCUCCACAACAACUCCCAGCUCUGCUACACCCAGGACUUGCCCUGGGGGACCCUGCUGCACCCCACCCAGGGGCCCCACCGAAUCGUCAAUGCCAACCAGGACCCCCAGGAGUGUGUGGUGGAGGGCCGUAUGUGUCACCUGCUGUGUGCUAAUGGCUGCUGGGGGCCAGGGCCCAGCCAGUGUGUGGCCUGUGUGAAAUUCCAGCGUGGGAAGGAGUGCGUGGAGGAGUGCGACAUCUAUCAGGGUUCCCCGAGGGAGUUUUUCGAGAGCUCCGAGAGAGUCUGUGGCGCCUGUCACUCAGAGUGUCGCCCCAUCAAUGGCUCUGCCUCCUGCCUAGGCCCGGGGGCCCACCAAUGUACAGAUUGCCUGCACUACCAGGAUGGGGAGGUGUGUGUGGAGAAAUGUCCCAGUGGGUUGAAGGAGGAGCAGCACACUGUGUGGAAAUACAGCAACGCCACGGGCCACUGCCUCUCCUGCAACACCAACUGCACUCUCUCGUGCACUCAGAAGGAUGAAAGAGGCUGCCCCAUCCAUACUAAAACAGGGCCGGGCACUUCGAUCGCGGCUGCAGUGGGCGGGGCGGUGCUCUUCCUCAUCCUAUUGGGUCUGCUGGUGUUCUACCUACGCCGACAGAAACAGCUCAAGAGGAAGGAGACAUUGAGGAGGAUCCUCCAGGAGCAUGAGCUGGUGGAGCCKCUGACUCCCAGCGGAGCCCUGCCCAAUCAGGCCCAGAUGCGCAUCCUCAAGGAGACAGAGCUAAAGAAGCUAAGAGUUCUGGGCUCAGGAGCCUUCGGCACUGUCUACAAGGGGGCGUGGGCUCCUGAUGGGGAGAAUGUGAAGAUCCCGGUGGCCAUCAAGGUUUUGCGGGAGAACACCUCACCCAAGGCCAACAAGGAGAUCCUGGAUGAGGCGUACGUAAUGGCCGGUGUGGCCAGUCCCUAUGUGUGUCGUCUGCUGGGUAUCUGCCUGACCUCUACAGUUCAGCUGGUCACCCAGCUCAUGCCAUACGGCUGCCUGCUGGACUACGUCCGAGAGAACAAGGACCACAUCGGCUCCCAAUACCUCCUCAAUUGGUGUGUGCAGAUAGCGAAGGGGAUGAGCUACCUGGAGGAUGUGCGUCUUGUGCACAGGGACCUGGCAGCACGUAACGUCCUGGUAAAGAACCCCAACCACGUCAAGAUCACUGACUUCGGCCUGGCUCGCCUGUUGGACAUAGACGAAACAGAGUACCAUGCAGACGGAGGCAAGGUGCCUAUUAAGUGGAUGGCGUUGGAGUCUAUCCUCCACAGGAAGUUCACCCACCAGAGUGAUGUGUGGAGCUACGGGGUGACUGUUUGGGAGCUGAUGACCUUUGGGGCCAAGCCCUAUGACCUGAUCCCGGCACGAGACAUCCCAGAGCUGCUGGAGGGGGGCGAGAGGCUCCCCCAGCCCCUUAUCUGCACCAUUGACGUCUACAUGAUCAUGGUCAAGUGCUGGAUGAUUGAACCAGACAGCAGGCCUAAAUUCAAGGAGCUGGUGACAGAGUUCAGCGCCAUGGCACGAGACCCACCUCGCUACGUAGUCAUCCAGAAUGAUGACAAGAUGAGUUUGUCCAGUCCGGUUGACAGUCAGUUCUUCAGGAUGCUACUGGAGGAGGAGGGAGCAGAAAUCAGAGACCUGCUGGAUGCUGAGGAGUACUUGGUGCCCCAGCCCAACUUCUUCAGACCCCAAGCGGAGACCUCGGGCCCCAACGGCCCCUCACGACACCACUCACACAGGAGUACGGACCAGGGAUUGGACAGCGAGCCCUCCAUGGCGGGUGGCCCGAGAAGCAUGUAUUCCUCGGUGAGCACCCUGGGGCGCAGCCAGUAUCCCACUCUGCCCAUGGGGGCCAGUGCCAUCUCCAACGGGCCCUGGAACCCCCAUUACCCCUCCCUCCUGGCCCGCACCACCUCACACCUCUCUACGGGGGGACACUCGGACUCUGUGUUCCUGGACGGGGGUCCCGAUGACGCCCCAGCGAGCCCCGGGCGCUAUUGCAAAGACCCCACCUUCCCCAAUGGAGGAGAGAGCGACCUGGAGACGGAUGGACCGUCACCGAUGCAUCAUUAUAAUCAUCUUAAUCAUCACUCGCUGCCCCGUAGGGGUAAUGCGUAUAAUCAUAAUCACGCGUUACCAGAGUACAUCAACCAGGAGGUGCAGGACCUCCGGCCRGGGGCCGUCGAGCGCCCCAGCACCCUGCCCCGCAAGGGGGCAGCCGAGAGGCAUCGGCACCUCCCCAAUGGCCUGAGCUCGGGACACAGCGUGGAGAACCCGGAGUACCUGGUCCCCAUGAUGACCUCCGGCUCCACCUCGCCUGCCUUCGACAAUCCCUACUACCUGGACCUGGUGGCUAAGGCUGUGGCCGGAGGGGGUGGUGGUGGGGAGAGGGAUGGGGGCCCUAACCCUCCUCCCAGGCAGGUGAAUGACUUUGUGACGCCCACGGCAGAGAACCCAGAGUACCUGGGCCUAGCAGACACCUGGAGUGGCCAGAGAGAGCACACCUGAUGAGACUGACAGGAAGUGAUGUGAGGAGGCAUGAACCUGGGUUACGGACAGGGGAUAGGGUAGCUACUGCUGUAGAAAAGGAGGAGAGGGGGAGGGAUGGAAGAUGGGAACGAGUCUGUGUGGGAUGCAGGGGUAUGUGAGGACUGUGUGCCUGUGUGCAUGCAUUUGAGAGAAAAUGCAUUAAGAGUGAAUGCACGUUGAGUGUCUGAGAUUAAGUUAGCAUGAGUGGGGAACUAGUGUGUGAUCGAGUGAAUGGAGGUGUACUGUUUGGAGUAGCACUCACAGGACUGUCAGCCAGAGGAUGUCCAGCUUGUAUCUCCUGAAAACCUGGGGUGUUACACAACACCACCCAAUACAAUGUAGCAUUAUCGGAGGGACGUUAUUAUUAGCGUGUGUGUGCUGAACUUGUUUCAACGCGCACCAAGGUUUUUUUCUUCCUUGUCUCCCUACUGUAGCACCUCAAUGUCAACAUUUUUAUCACAGCCUCGGAAACAACACUGAGUACUUUGAAGGUCGAGGAAAUUCACUCACCGGAAAUAAACAGUUCUCAAAUCCUGACUAUAUGGUACUACUAGCAGGCAAAAGACAGACAGCACCACAAUAUCUAAAUAUUUUAAGUAAUCUCAUGAUAAAUGGGAGAAUUAUCCAAGUAACACUGGACUAGGGAUAUAAAAUUUGAAAUAUUUUAGUUUUUAGAUUAAUUUUAUUGAAAGUUAUCAUUCA